GCACACAUAAGUUUGAGGCGACGAUUAAAGAACUGCCCGUGACGUGGCUGCUGUGUGAUGCGUUUAAAACGUACGCUGGUGCUGAACGGUUGAGAGCCAUCCAUUGCGCUGCGAAGAUGGGCUAUCAGCUGCACAUGAGCAGCAUACUCUGCGCACGGGACGGACUCACAUGUAAGUGA